CAUUGCAUUUCCAUACUUCAAUUCAAUUCUUUUUCCUUUCUUUCAUUCUCUGUCCCUCUUUCUUCAACUCCAAGCUUUCUCAUGUCUUUCAGAGGCCUAAGCCGGCCAAAUGCUUCAUCAGGCAUGGGUGUUGCUGAUCACAGCAGGAAUACCUUCAUGGAAUUGAAGCAGAAGAAGGUUCACCGCUAUGUGAUCUUUAAGGUUGAUGAAAAGAAAAGGGAGGUUGUGGUUGAGAAGACUGGUGGCCCAGCUGAGAGCUAUGAUGAUUUCACUGCAUCUUUGCCUGAGAACGAUUGCAGAUAUGCUGUGUUUGACUUUGAUUUCGUCACUUCUGAGAACUGUCAAAAGAGCAAAAUUUUCUUCAUUGCAUGGUCCCCUUCAACAUCUCGAAUCCGAGCCAAGAUGCUCUAUGCCACAACUAAAGACAGAUUUAGACGUGAGCUAGAUGGUGUCCACUACGAAAUUCAGGCUACUGACCCCACAGAAAUGGAUCUAGAAGUGCUGAGAGACCGCGCACAUUGAGAUGUUUAUGCAGUUAUUCAUUUUCUUAGUAGAAUCUACUAGCUCUUACUUUUGAUGAAUUACCUUUCCAAGCUUUAUCAUCUCAGAGCCCAUUUUGCUUAAAAAAUAUACCUCCAAUAAUAUAAAUGUGAAGGCUGAUGGGUUUAAGCUUUCGACAGUUACUAUUGUAAAUCUCAUUGAAUGACUUUAUUGUAAGAGCAUGAGCAUGACUGUAUGGAUCCAGAAUUCCCGAUGUCUUAUAUAAAAAUCCUUUGUU